AUGAACAAAGUUACAACCGUAAUCCUCAAAGAUGAAACAAAUGAUGUGGUAGAGGAUGUGCAACUAUGGCUGCUGGUCUAUCUCCCGAAAGAUGUAAGUGCUUUAUCAUCAAACUAUUACCCUAUGCCAAACAACGCAAUAGAUUAUCGUUUGUUUCCAAUCUAUUUAAUAAAGUAUAAACCAUUCACCGUAUUCUCUAAUGAAGAUAGAACUACAGAAUAUUUCAAAAAUAAAUUGAUAAAGUCUUCAUUAUCCAAUGAUAGUGUGGGUGUAAUAUACAAGGGUAAUUCUUCAGAGCAGUAUUUGGUGUUCUAUGUCGAUUUCAAUGAACAGCUGAUAAAAUGCUUGAUAGUGGAGUUUGAUUUAUUUAAAAAAUUGAGAAUGAUUGAUACAUUUUUAGAAAGUAGUGGUGCUCUAGACAUGGUGAAUAGCUCUGUGUUUUUGGAUCUCAUCAUACUGGCAAGUUCGACGUCAAAAAUGAAUGAUAACACGUCUAUUUUUGAUAAAGUUUUAUCACGAAAGAAAAUAAAGCCCAAUCCUUUCCUCGUUAAUAAUUCUAAACCCUCAUCAUCACUAUCAGCUUCGGUAUUAACAACGAAGGAUCAAAUUGCUCAUACUAUCAAUAAGAUGAUAUCGUCAGGCUUGAGACUACGAGGGUUAUCCAAUAAUGUAACACAAUCCGCUAAUGAAAAGUUAACAAUCAAAGAAGUUCAUCAAAUAACAUACAAGUCAGCUUUGUUUGCGAUAAGGAAAUUUAACUUUGAUGGUAGUACAAAACAGAAACAGUCUGUGAAGGUGAAGGUGAACGACAUUCAAGAAAUCGUUGAAAAGCUUUUACAAGUUUUUAUAGACAUUGAGGAGCCUCCUGAAACAUGCUCCAAUCUUUGA